CGAGUUGAACCGUUUGUGAGUCUGUGACUCGUUUGAAUUAAUUUUGUUUCCUCAACUUCGCUGGCUGCAUGGAACCUUACACUUACACAUUGCACUCUUUCACCAUCUCUCAUCACUAACACCUCAUUCAACAAAACGUUUCUUUGCCAAUGCCAAUGCUCAUUUAACUCUUUUCUCUCUCUUCAUUUUUUCUUUUGCUUCUUCUCUCUUUCAUUCUCUUCUCUCACUCACUCACCAACCUUCAAGCCAUGGAACCAGACUGGAGCACUCGCCAAACGUUUGAUCGUUACGUGUAUGAUUAUCUUGUCAAAAGAAACAUGCAACACACUGCUGAGGUUUUCAGGAAGGAGGUCGAUCUUCAGAUGGAUCCCGAUGCUCCUUCAAGUGAUGCAAUGGAUGUACCAGAAGGAUUUUUGCUGGAGUGGUGGUCACUCAACUAUGAUGUUGGCUUCUUUAGAGAACGGGUGCAAGUGCAUGACACACAUGGCCAAGAAGCCACACAAGGAUAUAAUGCUUCUCAAGAAGCAGGGAAUUCCAUGAAUGAAGAAAUGAAUCAGCUGCCUGAUGAAUUUACUCCUGUUGAAGCAUUCAGCAUAGGGAACAACUCAAUAGAAUCACAUGUAACUGAUGAAUUACCUUUACUUUUUUUACCAUCUUCACAUCGAGAAGUGAGUGGUGAAUUGUCACACCUUCUCUCGCCAUCAUUGCAUCAACAAAAAAGUGGUGAAUUGCCACAACUUUCAUUGCCCUCUUCACAUCAAGAGGAAUUGCCAACAUCUGCAGUGGGAACAGUGGAUGUGACCAAACCAAAUGAUCCAGAAGCAGAAGCUUUUGAGAAGGACACAUCAAAAGCUGAAUAUACUGCAUUCACUGAGGAAACAGAUCCAGUGAUUGAGAACUUAUUAAAUUCAUUCUGGUUGUUUGAACAAGAAAUGCCAAAUCUAUUUGACAUAUCAACUGUAGGAGAGAGCAGCAGAAAUAUGGAGGAGAAUUUGCUGCCAAGAGAUGAAGGAAACACUGGGAUGAAUGAAUUUGCUGGUUCACCUGUACCGAAGGAUGAUGAUACCAAAAGUGAAACAAGUGAUUGUUCCAGCCAUUUCCGAAUCAUUACUACUGACACAGAUGCUUCAAUGGCCCAUCAGUUGGAAUCGAAAGAAGAAACAUAAAUCUGUAUCCUCAAGCAUGGAAAGUGAUUUAUUGUCUGCAAUGAUGAAUUCCCUUGUCAAGGAGCAAUUGUCAGCAACAGAGGUGUCCAAGCUAAUUUGUGGUGUACAACCAGCAGAAAGAAAAGCUUCCAAGCUAAUUUAUUCAGCUAGAAAAGAAAUUUUCAAGUGCCCAAUUUUAUUAUGAAGUUUGUAUACCAAUGCCAGCAAAACCCAAGUAGGCUCCUGAUCUCUCAGCAGGAGAAUGAAACAAGAAUAGAUUAUCCCUGGUAUUAAGAGCAUUUUGGAGAUCCUUCGGUUACCAAAAGCCUUUUUAUUUUCCUUCAGUUACAUGCUAAAAUUAAGGAACAAAGGAGGCGUUAGAUGUUGACUCUCUUAGAUUCCUACUUUGUAAAUCAUCUCUUUGCAGCAGGCAAGCAGCUGUUUAGAGCUAACGCUAAUUUGUCUCCUAUGACUUCAAUAAUGUGUCUCACACUUAUACAAGUAUAUUCAGCUUUUGAUGUAUUCUGCCCAAAAGCCUCUGCUUCCGGCCCAUUUGUGUUGGCCACAUCAACAGUUCUCACUGUAGAUGGCAGCAAUUCCUCUUGAUGUGAAGAGGGCAAUAAAAGUUGUGGCAAUUCACCACUUAUCUCUUGAUGUGAUGAUGGCAAGAGAAGCUGUAACAAUUCACCAUUUCUAGAUGUGAAGAUGGUAAGAGAAGUACUGGCAAUUCAUCAUAUACCUGCCCAAAAACAAAAAAAAAUGUGUUGCAUGUACAGCUUGUCAUACAGAAGGAAUCGAAAUCUGGUGCUUGGGUGGAUAAAAAGAAACAAAAAAAUUGGCUUCAAAGAAAGCUUCAUGUAGAGUUUGAGAAAGGAAAUACCACCAUAUGGUAAAAGGUUUUUCAGGUAAUAUCUGCAGUUUUUGUUGGACUUCAACUUUGAAUUUAACAUGCCUGUUCGCUUUUGAUUUUUCAGAAUGCUACAAGUGUUGCUGGUUUUACUCACAACUUAUAACUCAGAGGCUUCUCUUCUUACCUAUGUUGUAAUCCAUUUAUCAUAUUUAUUGUUUUCACUAGCCUAAGGUUUUAUUAACUGAAUAUCCUGCACAUAUCUAGUUACUUAUGAUGAUAGCUAUUUAUAUAACGUUUGUUUCCUUUAAAACUUAUUUUAUAAGAAGUAAAAUUUGCACUUUGGCAAUCUUAUAAUAAUCACAUCUUUUUUUAGCUUUAUGUAGCUGCUACAGGAACUCAAGAAAAGCCUUAAAGUUGAUUAAAAUUCACCUAUUUUUAACGCUGGUUUGAUUUCAUCACUUUGUUCACGACCAUUUGCCAUAUUACUUUCCAUUUAUUAGGAGAUACCAGACCCCACAAUGGCAAGGUCCUCAUGCACUAGGCCGUCCCCCUUUUUUUGGGAUACCUGUUUGGCUGUUUCUAUCACUCACGGGAUCUGUACGCCUAAAUUCAUAAAAUAAUUUUUAUUUAUAUGGCUAUACUUUCUUUUAUGUUAAUAUUGUAGGGGAGUUUUCUCUAUGCAAAAUUAACCAUUAUCAAUAUGACAUUUUUCUGAAUUUCCUUUUGGCUUUAGCCUUAGGUGUGGAUUGAAACUAUAUUUUCUCUAGCUAAUUUUCUAAAUUUGUCUUGCUUUUUAAAAUUUCUUAACAACUGUUGUGUUGAACAAUAAGCAUUGGUAGGUGGCUAGGUAUUUACCGGCAAUGAAGCAAGUAUUGCAACUAUUUGCUCCAAUAUUCAACAACUAAGCUUACCAGCUAGCCACAGGUGUUGUUGAUUGGAAAAGUUUGCAAGAUGAUUUUCUCUCCUCAAAAGGGAUCAUUCUAUUUUUCAGAAGUAGUUUCUACUUGACAGACUAAUAUAAGUUGGUGGCAAUGUUGGGUCAUGUAUAGGAGCAUGCUCUCGAGCCUACACAGUUUGAAUUGAGUGCUAGUAGAACUUCAAUGUGAUUAUCUCACAUUACAAGUGAUUCUUGGCUUACUGUUUUGGUUAAUCUAGGAAGGGGGUUUCCAAAGUUUUUGAGGGUAUGUGAUCCCUCGGGUUUUCAAGAGUGUGAAGCUAGGUGAUUGGAGUGAUUCAAUGAGACAUCUAUGGGUGGAAUUUUAAGGAGGAUUUUCUAGAGUGUAAAAUGUUUAUUGUUGUAUAUUCUGACUAGAUAGUGAAAAAAAUCUCAAGUAUACCUUGGGGACUGGAUGUAGGUCGUUUGUGACCGAACCAGUAUAAAUCUUUGGUGCAAGGUUUCUCAAUUUGGGCUUUUCUAUUCGUCUAUCUGUAAUUGGAUCCUCAACAAUUUAAUGGAAGUGUUUUU